AAGAGCGACCUGAAGGCUAAAGCGAUCGCAAGAGAAGGAAAGGGAGGCGCAGAGAGAGAGAGAGAGAGAAGAUGAGGAAGUUCGAUCCAUGGCCGGUGUUCUUCAGGAGAGAGUGGAACCGCAACUGGCCCUUCCUCACCGGAUUCGCCAUCACCGGAGCCCUCAUCGUGAAGCUCACCGCCGGCCUCACCGAGGAGGAAGCUAAGAAUUCCAAAUUCGUGCAGGAGCAUAACCGGUGA